AGUGAAUUUAGCAGACAGUGGAGGCCAGAGGGUCGAUAUGACGCACUUUGAUCUGCUCAAAGUCCUCGGAACUGGAGCUUACGGUAAAGUCUUCCUGGUGCGGAAAAGAACGGGCGCUGACUCUGGCCGUCUCUACGCGAUGAAGGUCUUAAAAAAGGCGUCAAUUGUACAGAAGAAAAAGACAACUGAGCAUACCAAAACAGAGAGACAAGUAUUGGAGGCUGUUAGAGACAAUUACGUAAAUGGCGGAGAACUGUUUACUCAUUUAUAUCAACGCGAUCAUUUUACUGAGGACCAAGUAAGAAUAUACAUUGGCGAAAUCAUUAUAGCUCUCGAACAUCUUCACAAGCUGGGUAUCAUUUACCGCGAUAUAAAACUAGAGAACAUACUGCUGGAUCGCGAAGGCCAUAUUGUGCUCACAGACUUUGGUCUCAGUAAGGAAUUUUUGCCACAUGAGAGAGACAACAAUGCCCGUGCCUAUUCCUUCUGCGGGACCAUCGAGUACAUGGCACCGGAAGUCGUGCAAGGUGGCUCAGCUGGUCACGAUAUUGCAGUCGAUUGGUGGAGCGUCGGAGUUCUAAUGUACGAACUACUAACCGGAGCAUCCCCAUUCACAGUGGACGGUCAGAAGAACAACCAGCAAGAAAUCUCAAACCGAAUCUUAACAACCGAGCCUCCGAUACCAAAGAACCUAAGCCCAGUAGUCCAAAAUUUAAUCGAAAGAUUGUUAGUAAAAAAUCCACGACAGCGUUUGGGUGGUGGACCACGCGACGCUAGGGAGAUAAAAGAUCACCCUUUCUUCAUGGAAGCGCCGCCACCGUUUAAUUGGGAAGCCUUAGAAAAACGCCAAAUCCCGCCGCCGUUUGUGCCUAAAAUAGCUCACGAGCUCGACACCAGUAAUUUCGCGGACGAGUUCACCAGAAUGGUAGCCACCGACAGUCCAGCAGUAGUCCCACCAAACUACGAUAAAUUAUUCCGCGGGUACUCUUACGUCGCCCCUUCAAUAAUCUUCAGCAACAACCUAAUAAGCGACCAAAUCUACCGCGACAAAAUCGCUUGUCAAACCCGACCUUCAGUGUCCAACAUUCUUUCAAUAGAGCUAGAAGAGUCAACAUUCUUCCAAAUAUUCGAGCUGGACCUCCACGAAGAAGCUCUAGGCGACGGAAGUUUCUCAGUUUGCCGCCGUUGCCGUCAUCGGCAAACCAAACAAGAAUUUGCUGUGAAGAUUAUCAGCAGAAGAAUAGACAGCAGUCGCGAAGUUGCUAUUCUCCGUGCUUGUCAAGGUCAUCCCAAUAUUGUCAAGCUUAUAGAUGUCUACCAGGACCGAGCUCAUACUUAUAUUGUGAUGGAGUUGUUGGCUGGUGGUGAGCUACUGAGCUCUGUUAAGACGUACACUGAAGAAGAAGCCAGAAAAAUAAUGAAGCAAUUAUCAUCAGCGGUUCACUUUAUCCACUCUCGUGGCGUAGUUCACCGAGAUUUAAAACCGGAGAACCUCGUUUACUCUCACACUGGGUCUAAUUCUCUGGUUAAAGUUGUAGACUUUGGAUUCGCGAGGUUGAAGCGCUCCUGUGAGCCACUUCACACUCCCUGCUAUACUUAUCAGUACGCAGCUCCGGAAGUUCUUAAGCACCAGGCUUACGACGAGAGCUGCGACAUGUGGAGCCUGGGCGCUGUUCUGUACUCGCUCUUGUCCGGAAAGCCAGCUUGCAAAGCCGGAACUCCGGAUCUUGCUUCUAGGAUAAAAUCUAAAGAGAUUAACUUGGACGAGUGGAAGAACAUCAGCUCCAAUGCUAGCUCGGUGAUUAAAGGACUGCUGAACCCAGACCCGGUUUCUAGAAUCACUGCGAGCAGCCUGGUGAACCACGCUUGGCUGGCGGAGCCAAAGUUAUCCUUGGAGUACCAGAGAGCCUCCACUUCGGGACCAAGUGAUAGAACUGCGGGUUUUAGGCUGAAGGAGGUUGAUGGAGCCAAGCUUGCUCAGAGGAGAAAGCUACACAAGCGCUCGACUUCGAGCUCGGUUUCUUCUUCUUCGAAUGCUUCUUCAAGUCCGUCGAUUCAGCAGCUUAGACCGCCUAGUGCUACUACCAGUGUCACUACCUCCGCGUCUCCGGCUCAGCCAAAUGCUUUUGAUUUUAGUGAGGAAAGGGUUAAUGAGUACUUGAGCUCUUUGUCGUCCUCGUCCUCGGACUCGAGCUCGCCGAAAAUUAUUCUGGAUACCAACAAAGACCGACAACGUGCCUGCGAAUUGAACGAUGCACUGCCUAAGAAUAAAAGACGCAAACGGGAUCAUAAGGUUGAGGUUUGUGAAGGUUCUUCGAAUUCUAGCAAAAGCAGUGGAGUGGUUACGAGAUCUCGGAAGAGAAAACUUGAGCUUGCUACUACUAGCUCUGAUACUUCCUUUGAGUCUUCUAAUGAUUCGAGAGAUAAACACGAGUCUAAUUUACACAGAAAACAAAAAUCAGGGAAACGACCUAAAAGGUAUCCUGAAUAA